AAACAUCAGCAGUAUCCAAUUUCCAAACUUACCCGCCAAGAACUUUUCCUUUCUCUCGAUUCCUUCAACUGAACCAACCAACAAUGGCGAUCAAAACCUCCAUUUUCUCUCUCCUAACUAUCUUCAUCAUCCUUCUCAUCAUCCUUUCCUUUUUCACUCCCUCAGUUUCAGCAAACUCCCUCGAACACCCACGACAAUUAAUCGACGAAACUUACUUCCAAGACUUAUACAACAUGGACAUUCACUUUCCUCUCUCCUUUCCGCCCUCGUCGCCGUUGCCACCCACCGGUUCACCGCUCGUUCCGGCGUUCUUCGUACUCGGAGACUCCUCUGUUGACUGCGGAAACAACAACUUUCUUGGGACUUUCGCCCGCGCUGACCGCCUCCCUUAUGGCAAAGACUUCGACACUCAUCAACCUACUGGAAGGUUCUGCAAUGGAAGAAUUCCUGUUGAUUUUCUAGCAUUGCGAUUAGGGCUUCCAUUUGUACCAAGUUACCUAGGACAAGCAGGGACCAUUGAUGCUAUGAUUCGUGGGGUGAAUUAUGCUUCUGCUGGUGCUGGAAUUAUUUUCUCAAGUGGCUCAGAUCUGGGACAGCGCAUCUCCUUAGCGCAGCAAAUACAGCAGGUCACAGACACAUUUCAAUUGUUCAUGAUGAGCAUGGGUGAAGAUGCUGCAGUUCGUCUCAUCUCUGAUUCAAUCUUCUACAUUUCUAUUGGAACCAAUGACUACAUACAUUACUAUCUCCAAAAUGUAUCGGGUAUUCAAUCUUUGUAUACUCCCUGGAGUUUUAACCAUUUCCUUUCAACCUCAUUGAAGCAGGAAAUCAAGAAUCUACACAUAUCACAUGUGCGGAAAGUGGUGGUAAUGGGAAUUGCACCAAUGGGAUGUGCUCCUCACUACCUAUGGAGAUAUAGAAGCAAAAAUGGGGAGUGCAUUCCAGAAAUCAACAAUAUGAUAAUGGAGUUCAACUUUGUGAUGAGAUACAUGAUUCAGGAACUAAACCAGGAACUUUCUGAUUCCAAAAUCACCUUUUGUGAUAUGUAUGAAGGUUCUAUGGAUAUCAUAGAGAACCAUCAACACUAUGGGCUCGAAGUUACAACCGAUGCAUGCUGUGGAUUAGGAAGAUACAAGGGCUGGAUUAUGUGUUUAUCAUCUGAAAUGGCUUGCAACAAUGCUUCUACACACAUUUGGUGGGACCAGUUUCAUCCAACAGCUGCUGUAAAUGGAAUACUUGCAGAUAAUGUUUGGUCCGGAUUGCAUUCAAGUAUGUGCUACCCUAUGAACAUGAAGGACAUGGUUUUUUCUGCAUAGAUAAAGGUGCUUCUUUUUGUAACCUCACAGAUACAUUAAUACUAUAAUGUGUUUGUUUUACACGUGACAAAAGUCGGUAAAUAUACAUCAUACUGAAUAGUUGGAGUUCUGACACUUACCAAUAUUCUCUCAAGGGAGACAAUUCUGUAUAGUUUCUUGCGAAUGACAUUGAUAUAUGAUAAUAUAGUUCAUGUUAUAUGCUUUCUUAAUACA